AUGCCGACCGGCUUUACGGACGUCCUGCAGUCGGACGACCUCCUCCCGCUCAUUGCGCGCUUCUCCAACGGCGUAACGCAGGACGUAUGCGCGCUCCGUCGGGCCUGCCGUGGCUACUCCGUGGCGCCCGGCCGCGCCCCGUACGCCGCCUUCCAAGCCCUCUUUGAGCCGUGGUUUGCUCGACGGGGCACUCUUGAGCUUCAUCAGCUCUGCCAAGUGCACCUUUUCGUGUACGCCCUCGACUUUGCACACAUGGAAGUGCUGCGAUGGUUCGCAGCGGAGCACCGCAUCACGUCCGAGCUGUACUUCCAAGGGUGGCAACUCGAGUUCCCAACGGCGUCCACGAACCACUGCCCCGAUCUCGCCAUGCCCCACUACAAGACGGUCGGGUCGUCAGCGAUCUACACGCAUUUCUACACCGUGCGCAAUGCGGCGAUCCGCAACCACGUCGACAUCCUUCGCCUGUCGUUGAACCUCCGCUGCGAUAUGCGCUUCGUCUGGGAGGAGGCUUGCCGCCAUGGUCACUUGGCUGUCGUCGAGUUUGCCCAGCGCGAGGAGGUUUCCGGCUGGUUGUCUCGCUACGUCAACGUGGCAGCGCUAAACGGUCACUUGCAUUUGAUCAAGUUCUUCCAUGAGCACGACUACAACGGCUUCAACAAGGCGACGAUUGAAGCCGCGGUCCAGAGCGGCAACCUCGCGCUCGACGCCAUGUGCCAAGCCGCUGCGAGCAGCAAGCUCAACAUUCUGCGCUGGCUCGUCACGCAGCGGAACGCGUCCCAGCACAUGCACAAGGUGCUCGAGACUGCAGGCAUCAACCGUUGCGAGCACGUUCUCGCGUACCUUUGGCAUGGACAUGGCAUGCAACUGACGCCGCAGUCAUCGGCGCGCGUCUCGCGCCGUCGGCAGCGUGAGCAUGAUGAGCAACCGAGUCCAGCGCAAUCGACACGAGAGGCGUCGCUCCGUGUGAAACGCUGUGCCAACAAGUAA